AAAUGAAUAGUGUCGUCAUGAAUUCAUUCCAGGAAAGUCUUCUGAUACACACUGGUUGUGAGUCCCAGUGGGAUGGGAGAGAUGAAGAAAAAUGGGGUGAGUUUAGAAGGGGAAAGGGUAAUUUUGGUGCCUUACAUGGAAGAGCAUGUACCCAAGUAUCAUCAAUGGAUGAAAGACCCAGCUCUUCUUCAAGCCACAGGCUCCGAACCCCUCACUCUUGAUCAAGAGUACCAGAUGCAACAAUCAUGGACCCAAGACCCAAAAAAGCAGACUUUCAUUGUAUUGGAUAAGGAAUUGGUUGAGGGAAAAUUCAUCCAUGGAAAUUCUGGUGUUGAAGCAAUGGUUGGUGACGUGAAUCUUUACAUGAAUGAUCUGGAUGAUUCUCUUUUAGCAGAGAUCGAAAUAAUGAUAGCUGAAUUCAAGAGCCGUGGUAAAGGACUUGGGAAAGAAUCUGUCCUAAUGAUGAUGGCAUUUGCAGUCAAGAACCUCGGGAUCCAUACUUUCCGGGUUAAAAUUGGAGACUCGAAUGAAGGGUCUCUCAGUUUGUUCAAAAAAUUGGGAUUUGAAGAGACUUCUUACAGUGAAAUCUUCAAGGAGGUAACUCUGGAGUUAAAGGUAACAAAGUCCAAGCAUGAGGAGUUGCUUGAUGUGUUUGGCAGAAUAGUUACUUACGACUAGCGCUCAAUUGAACUUUCCUGCCGGUUCUAGAUCUUGAUUUUCUAACAUUAAAUGUGGGAAACUCCUGUGGAUUAUCUGAUAUUAUGUUCAAACAUCUGAUACUUGAGCAAGAAGCAAAUCGAUAUAAUACACAAGAAACCUUCUAUAAAAAAAGAUCAAAGUUAUGACUUAUUUACAAGACAUUCUUUCCCUGA